CAGAUCUCUUGGUAAUGCAUCGUCGAAUACGAGCGGGAUGGCAGAAACGAUGGCUCACAAUCGUACAACGUACGACAAAACAACGACAGAAAAACUGAAUUUUACGUCGGUAACAUUUGUUCCUUCUAAUGUGGUCGCUGCCGCGUUUAAUGCCGAGACGACUAAUCCGUCCGUAGCUAUGAUGGGCGAUCCUGCAGGGAUUGUCACUACCAUCAAACCACACCAUCGUGUCUACAACGCGACGGAGUAUCUCAUCGAGCAAGACGAGCUCGAGCACAGUAUCCUUGCCAACUUUUCAGACAUACAAACCGUUUUGCUUGCAUGCAUAUCGACAUUAUUACCGCUGAUCAUCGCCUUGGGGAUCGCCUUCGGCGUCAGGCACGUGUGGCGAAAAUAUCGGAAUAACGGAGACAACGAGAAUGGUUUACCUUGGUAUAAGAACGUCUGCAAUCGUAAUAAUGUAGUCGAAUCGCAUCAACAUCAUCCGCAUUCCGGAAAUGUUCCCGUAGAAGAUGCCACGAGAGUCCUUUCCGCACAAGACUUGGUGAAUGGCCUAGACGUACCUCGAUACAUGUACGAGACGGAGGUUAUGGAGGACGUUACGACGGCAGCGGCCGUGAUGGAAUACACCAUGACUUCCGGUAAUCAUACCAGCAAGAACACAAACGGGAACAUCAUCACCCUUACGCUCAAGAACAAUCAUCUUAUCGUAGAAACAGAGGAACGUGCGGUAACGACAGAGGAUAACAAAUCUACUUCAAAAUACAAGGACAGCGGGUGUUCAUUUGUGGUGGAAAUACAACCAGAUUAUAACAAGGAAGAGACAGAGGGUAACAAAGGGUCGACCGAUGAUGUGACCACCGGUGUUACCGAUCAACAGGCUCUAGUGCAUAGAGAAGAAAUACCAGACGAUAGAUUCUCAGGUUUCGAAAAUACACGACUGUUUGGGAGCACCAAUACCGGUCUGUCACAGUCAGAUCUUUCGAUAUCUAGUCAAGGAUCGGCCAACCCGAGUUACCGUUACGGUAAUCAGGUCGAAUACGAUUCCGGCCACCUUGGUUAUCCUAUGUAUGGUGGUAAUUACGAGUCCGAUGUAUUGUCACGGAAACUGGAGGGACGAUCAAAAUGGGUGGAAUUUGAUAAAUCACCGGAUAUAGAAAAAAUACUGUUAGACGAUUCCAGAAAUUUUACCAGUGAGGAGGAGGAGGAGGAAGAGAAUAAAAGUCCACAAUUCUUCGGAAAAUCAAAAAAUAUGUCAUCUCUACAAGACGUUGAGGCCGCGAUAAUACGAGAAGAUUCGUUGGAGAUUGACAAUUUCCCAGAUGUCGUACAAUCGAAUCCGAAUCUUCAAAUGAAUGGCACAACACCCAAUAAGCUCGAAAUUAUGGAACAGAAAGCUCUGAACAACGACUUUGCUAGCAAGAUAGAAAACAACAAGCCCGUGAUAACCGGUGUGCUGCUGAAGGAUGAUGUUCAAGAGGAUGCGUUCCAGGAGCAGCAACGUAAAUUGGGUAAUGGCACGCUGACUCCGGAACACAAGGGGGACAAGACGACGACACGCAAGCCGGAAGGUAGCGUGUUCGUGCCGAGUCACAAACGAGCGGGCAGCAUCCCGCCGCGACUGAUCGAGGAGACGCUCGAAAUGGAUCGCAAAAAGUCGCUGGACAUCUACAACAAGUACAGUCAAAUCAAAACGAGUACCAGAGGUAUGUUGCCAAGCUUGAGUCCAAAAUUCGAGCUGCUGCAGAAUGAGGUGAGUCCGAUCGAGGAGAAAGAGAGUUAAUGCGACGCCAGGAAGAUUCUCCCAUCUGAUUCCCCUCAGCGUUAUCAUCGUCAGUUUUCCGACUGCGUCGUUGGGAGAGCAACGUUCUCUGGAUAAAUUGCAACGAAAGAUACUGUAGUCAGGGAUUAUUGAAAAAAAAAAUGCA